GAUGGAACUGGAAAUGAUAAUAAUCAAAAACUUGAAACCAGACUUACUUGUUUUCUUGAUGGCGCUGCGACUGUCGAAAAUUCUUCUCAGAGUCAUAUAUUUAGUGAUCGUAAGGCCUCGUACGAUCUUACAGUUAGUCAAACGAAUACCAUGGUGACUUGUGUAUCCGCUAUGAAACUUGAUACGCACGACCCU